GUUUAUACGGACAAUUACAAACCUUAUUUGUAAUCUAAAAUCAAAUGACCUAUGCGUGCGUGUCCCUGGGUGUGAGGCCGGUACCUCUCUCUCUGAGCCACGGUUACUUCACCAGUGUAAGGUUAGGGUUAUAACAGUGCAAGCACCACCACAGCACCACCACUACCAUCAUCAUCCAAACCCUAAAAAAAUGGACACCUUCUCAAACAGUCAUGGACGAACCCUCAAUAUCGCUUUGGGGUUGGAGCAAUUUCCUCCAUUUCACGACCGUUUUCUGGGACUCCGACCAGCCACUGCUCUCGGAAACCCCGAUAGAUCACAUUUCGUCGUUCCUGCCGGAAAUUCCAGGCCGACUUCAGAAAGGGUGUUUCAAUUUCCUGGUGAGUCGGAUCCCCUGUGCGUCUCCGAGGCGGAUAACUGCGAGGUCAAAGGGUAUCAUCGACGGCAUAGGGUUUAUCUCCGGUGGCAGAUCCAGAGAUACUGUCAGCAGUAUAGCAACAAAAUAAGAAAAUGGUGGUCAAUAGCACAUGUCAAGUUCAAGCUGCAAGUGAUCUGAACUAUGAUCGAACUAUCGAAUUGAAAGCUUUUGAUGACACAAAAGCUGGUGUUAAAGGUCUUGUUGAUGCUGGAGUUACCAAUAUCCCUCGGAUAUUCAUUCAUCCAACAGAGAAUUCUGAAAAAUCCUGCAACUCUAGCAAGACCCAAUUCAGUUUCCCAAUCAUAGAUCUCAAUGGCGUCGAUAAAGAUAAAGAUCCAAUCCAGCACAAGGAGAUAGUUGACCAAGUCAGAGAUGCAUCAGAGACAUGGGGUUUCUUCCAAGUGAUCAACCAUGGCAUCCCAGUAAGUGUUUUGGAGGAGAUGAUGGAGGGUGUACGUGGGUUCAAUGAGCAAGAUACUGAGGUGAAGAAACAGUGGUAUACAAGAGAUGCCACAAAAACUCUGGUAGUUCAAAGCAAUUUUGAUUUGUAUACUGCACCGGCAGCUAACUGGAGGGAUACUUUUAAUUGCUUUAUGGCUCCUAAUCCUCCCAAUCCCGAAGAUUUACCCACAGUGUGCAGCAAAAUACGAAAAAUGGAGGUCACCAGCACAGGUGAAGUUGAAGCUGCAAGUGAUCUGAACUAUGACCGAACAAGUGAAUUGAAAGCUUUUGAUGACACAAAAGCUGGUGUUAAAGGACUAGUUGAUGCUGGAGUUACCAAUGUUCCUCGAAUAUUCAUUCAUCCACCAGCUAAAUUUGACAAUUCAUGCAAAACCCAAUUCGGUUUCCCAACCAUAGAUCUCAAUGGCAUCGAUGAAGAUCCAAUCCGGCGCAAGGAGAUAGUUGACCAAGUCAGAGAAGCAUCAGAGACAUGGGGUUUCUUCCAAGUGAUCAAUCAUGGCAUUCCAGUAAGUAUUUUGGAGGAGAUGAUGGAGGGUGUACGUAGGUUCAAUGAGCAAGAUACUGAGGUGAAGAAACAGUGGUAUACACGAGAUGCAACAAAAACUGUGGUGUAUCAAUGCAAUUUUGACUUGCAUACUGCACCGGCAGCUAACUGGAGAGACACUGUUUAUUGCUCUAUGGCUCCUAAUCCCCCUAACCCAAAAGAAUUGCCAGCAGUGUGCAGAGAUAUUAUGAUCGAUUACUCCAAGCAUAUAAUGAACUUGGGGCUUACUCUGUUUGAAUUGCUCUCUGAGUCUCUUGGGCUUAACUCCCAUCACCUGAAGGAUAUGAAUUGUGCCGAGGGGCUUUUGCUCCUUGGCCAUUACUACCCAGCAUGCCCUGAACCAGAAUUGACUUUUGGCACUACCAACCAUGCUGACAGUGGCUUCCUUACUGUUCUUCUACAAGACCAGAUUGGUGGGCUUCAAGUCCUCCAUGAAAAUCAAUGGGUUGAUGUGCCUCCCAAUCCUGGUGCUCUCAUAGUAAAUAUUGCAGAUCUUCUACAGCUCAUCACCAAUGAUAAGUUCAAAAGUGUCAAUCACAGGGUACUGGCAAAAAAAAUUGGCCCUAGGAUUUCAGUUGCAAGUUUUUUCAGAACACAUCUUCCAAAAGGGUUUACAUCGAGAGUGUAUGGACCAAUCAAGGAGUUGCUAUCAGAAGAAAACCCUUCAAUCUACAGGGAGACUACUGUAAAUGAGUUCCUCGCACACCACUUCCAGAAAGGACUCAAUGGAACCUCUGCACUAUUGCAUUUCAAGUUGCAUAACUAGGCCCAUGGAGAUUCUGGG